AUGGCUGGUAAAGGUGCUCUUCGUAGUAUAAAGAACAUUGCCAAAGGCUUUAGUGAUGUGCAAAUCAAAGUGCGUGAAGCUACAUCCAAUGAUCCUUGGGGUCCCAGCGGUACACUGAUGAAUGAAAUCGCACAACUCACCUUUAACGAGUCAGACUUUAUCGAGAUCAUGGACAUGAUUGAUAAAAGAUUAAACGAUAAAGGAAAGAAUUGGCGUCAUGUAUUCAAGGCUCUACUGUUGCUGGAUUAUUGUUUGCACGUGGGAUCUGAAAAUGUAGUCUUGUACGCCAGAGAAAAUAUCUAUGUAGUAAAGACCUUGAAAGAGUUUCAGCAUAUAGAAGAAAAUGGAAAAGAUGUGGGCGCUAAUGUGCGUCAAAAAGCAAAGGACAUUACCAAUUUACUGCAGGACGACAACCGACUAAAGGAAGAGCGACGUCAACGACAAGGCAUGCGAGAUAGAAUGGCCAAUGUGGGUGAUUACUUGAACGAAACAGUGCGACAAUACAAUGGCGGAAACGCUGAAAAUGGAGGAAGCUGGGAUGAUGAAAACGAGUUGAAAAAGGCAUUGGCUGAAAGUAAGAGAAUUGCUGCAGAGGAAGAGAGAAACCGUCGUCAAGGCGAUGAUGAUCUCGAAAAGGCACUUCAAUUGAGUCAACAAGAAGCUGCUGAAAAAGAAAGAAAGAAUAGAGAAAAACUCGACAAGGAAACAGCUGAUAAUCUAUUCGGAUCUGGAUCAGGAUCCGCCUCUUUCCAACCAUUUCCCCAGCAACAAACAUUCAUGAAUAACCCAUAUCAACAACAGCAACAACAGCAACAAGCUCCUUUGCAACUGGAAUGGGCACAACCGGCCAUGCAGUUCUCUGAGCCUGUGCACAAUAACCCUUAUCAGCAGCAGCAGCAACAACAACAACAAAACCCUUACCUGUCAAACCAAUUUAAUGCCAACGGUCUUCAGGCACAAAUGACUGGCUUCCCUUCUCAGCAACAACCUCUACUUCAAGCUCAAAUGACUGGAUUCCCACAACAACAACCUCAAUUCUUACAGCAGCCCUCCUUCCAGACAAGCAUGAUUACUGGUACAAACCCAUUCUCUCAAAUGAGCCAACAGCAGCAACAACCAGCAGCACCAGAGCAAAAGAAUUACGACUACAGUGAACUGGUGUUUGGCAAUCCAGCUCCCUCUAGACCUCAGCCUCAACAGCAAUCACCUGUUUUCGGCUCCAACACACCUAAUUUUGGCUCUAAUACGCCCAACUUUAGCUUCAGCACACCUGCUGUUGCUACUGCUUCUCCAUCUCCUGCUUUUGCAACGAUCACCAAUACCAGCACAACGCAAUUUUCGCCUUCACCUGCAUUUGCCAACACCAAUGCGUUCGCUGCACCUUCGCCAUCAUUUGCUCAAGCUAGCACAGCAUCGCCACACAUGUCUCAAAGAAACAUUCCGCUCAAACCCACCGAACAAGACGCUAAAUAUUCCAAAUUAAAUGCUUUGUUGGCCAAUAACGAUGAUGGCCUUGACAGUUACGGAAAUAGAGGCAAUCUUCGUAUCCCAUAUGGUACCGGCUUCGCCAAUUCGCUGCCAUUGCAACCCAAGAACAAUGACGUGCUCGCAAUUACAGAUGGCAGCUCAUCACCUCAGCCCUUUGGGCAGCAAACCAGUCGAAACCCUUUUGGACAAGCCAGCGCAACGCCUUCUAAUGAACGUCAAGGUCAAAAGAGUUUAUUAGAAAUGAUGCAAGAGCAAAAGCAACAACAGCAAUAUGUUGCAUUUAAUAAUAAUACAUCCUCACUCUUUUAA